CUACUUGAUAACACUAUGGCUGCUACUCCCUUUUCGGUUAGCAGUCCUUGUGAGGUGAAGGAGGAGAAAGACGGCGCAGAAAUGGUCAAAGUGGUAUGCCGUAUACGACCAGCUGUUUUGGAAAGGGAACACAAUGAUGACGUGAUUGCAACAGUUGUUGAUAGUAGAACAGUGAGUUUAGGUCUGUCGUUGCAGUUUCCGUCCCAUGUUUAUUCUUAUGAUCAAGUAUUUGGUCCUGGAGCUACACAGUCAGAUAUUUAUAACUAUUGUCUUAAAGGGCCCUUAGAGGACUUCUUUAAUGGUUACAAUGGUACGGUGAUUGUAUAUGGUCAAACAGGACUGGGAAAAAGUUACACCAUGAUGGGUCCUCUAACUGGGAUUGCCGAUGGAGAAAAUGCAAAUGAUGGAAUUAUACCGCGGGUAAGUAAUCAAGUUUUCCAAAAGAUCAAUAGUGCCAGCUCCAACAUAGAGUUUCAAGUGAGCAUAUCCUAUUACGAAAUAUAUUUGGAAGAAAUACGUGAUUUGCUUAUUGCAAGCUCCCAACUGUCUCAAACAAAAUAUAAUGUUACGCCAAAGAUCACUAUUCAUGAAGAUAAAGUUGAAGGUGUACAUUUGAAGGGAAUCAGUAAUGCAUUUGUUUCAAGUGCUGAGGAAAUGCAGAUGGUGUUGUCAACAGGAUCACGAAAUAGAGCCGUGGCAUCCACAUUAAUGAAUGAAGAAUCAUCUCGUUCACAUGCUAUAUUCCAAAUACAUCUUUCUCAAAAGGAUACAUCUACUGGGGAGUUGAAACGACUGCAAUUGUUUCUUGUUGAUUUAGCUGGUCUGGAGAAAAUAGGAAAGACAGGUGCUCUGCUGCAUGGGUUAACUAUAGAAGAAACAAAGCGAAUUAAUCAAUCACUCAGUGCAUUAGGAAACGUUAUUAACGCCUUAACAGAUGGCAAGUCAACCCAUAUACCUUAUAGAGAUUCCAAAUUGACUCGAAUUCUUCAAGAAUCCUUGGGAGGGAAUAGUCGAACUUCCUUGAUUAUAAACUGCGCUCCAACACGAUAUAAUGAACAGGAAACGUUGUCUACACUUAGAUUUGGUUCUCGAGCAAAAUCGAUCAAGAAUCAUGCACAAAUCAAUACGGAAUUAAGUCAUCAUGCAUUAAAGAUCAAAGUGGAACACCUUGAAAGGGUGAUAGAACAGAACCAGAAACAAAUUCAUCGACUUGAAGCCGAAUUGGAGUUAACCAAAGGAUCAAGAGAUGUUGAUAUCCCUAUUACACCUAAGAAAUCCAUCCAAACUAGUGGGGAAAAUAUGAAUAGUUCUCUUGGAUCAGGGUCUAAGCUUAAUACCAAUCGCCAAUCACGAAUUCCUAUACCAAUGUCAUCUCCCACGGUUGGUAAAGUUCGAGAUCGAGAAAACUAUGAGAAUGAACUUGGACGCCGUGAUGCUAAAAUUCGUCAACUAGAAACAACAAUUUUAGAAAUGAAGAUGGCAAAUUUGACUACUGCUCAUGAAGAAGAGCUGAAGUUAUUUCAGCUCGAGCAAACUCUUCAGCGACUCCAUACUAAGCUAACAGAUGUUGAAACAAUCAAUGUUAAUCUUCGUAAACAUUUAAUUGCAAGUGAAAGACAUUUAGAAUAUCGAGAUGCUAGAAUUAACCGCUUGAAGAUGAUGUUGAAUGAGCAACAGGUUGCAGCAUAUCGAGAGACACGCAAUUUUGAAGCUAAAUUGGCCGAUAUGAAAGAUAAAGUUAAUGUAGAAGAUCUGCCUACUACAGAAGAUUUGAAAGUUUCAAAUACGGCAGCACGUGACACCCAACGGUCAGAGAGGGAUGCAUUAUCGGAAUGCAUUGAAGUAUGUGAACAUAGAACAGUGGAGCAAUUUCUCAAUCUGCCAACACAAGUACAUCACGGGUUUCUGCCCAAAAUGGGGUUGAAUUUACGGAUCGUCAAACCUUUACGUGGGGGUGGCAGUCGAGGGUCACUCAGUCUGCAACGGUCUCUGCUGUUAUCAGAAGAUGGAAUCGGGCCUAGUUUCAGCGAGUAA